CACAGUUGUCUACACCUUCACUAGGGUAUAAUGUAUUGGUUGUUUUUCGUCCUCGUCAUGGGAUCAAUGAUCCAGGUUAAGGCGGCGGAACGUUCAGUUGGAGAAAUAUCCGAUGUCAGAAACGAUGACCGGACAGUGUUAACAGAGAAGUCACUGAGAAGGCUGGUUGAAUCUUUGUUGGAAAGAGUGGAAAGCCAGGAUGGCAAAAUAGAGUCGCUCGAACAGAUGGUCAAGGAUAACAAAGAUGAUCUACAGCGCAAAGAUAUCCGAAUUAGCCUGCUGGAACGAGAACUGAAAUUGAUAUCAAAGCAAUCCCAGAAUUUAACAAACAAUCAGGACUAUGUCUUCAGAUCAUGCUUCCAAACCUAAUUGGCCUCAAAAGGAAACCUUGAGAAGGACCAAUGUAGCCACUUCUGGCCAGAAAUUAGUUGAAGACGGGGAAGAUUAUCAUACUUCAAGGAUAGCCCGCGUGACACCUAAUGGAGCAGGAGCGUUUAGCGUUUCCUUGAGUGCCAGAGAUAUGACGUUACAUUCCAAAUUGGUGAUAGUAUUUGAUGAAGUACUAUUGGACAUUGACGGAAACUACCACACAGGAGACGGUGUGUAUAGAGUUCCGGUUUCCGGGGUAUACGUAUUUACCUGGUGUAUGACAGGGACCACCACAGACAACGUCGUGACAGAACUUACCGUAAACGGGUCGCCACGGGGCACCAUAUUCUCUGAUGCGGAAACAGGGCACACGUGGGAUACUUCCACCGGUGUGAUCGUGACGUCAGUCAUUGAGGGAGAUCACGUGUUUAUCCGAUCAAAGUCCGAAGGAAUGAUACACAGUAGUGGUAUAUAUGGUAAAGCUAUGUUUUCCGGAUGGCGUCUAACUUAGAAACAUCUACUCCGAUAUGUCAGAUCGCGAUGCAAUUAUAGGUCACGGAAGGGUUUACAAGGGAGAUAUCGAGGGAAAGUGACUGGAGAUAUAAAUGUUGAAAGAUCUCACUUAAGAGAAGGAUAUUUUUUAAUUCAGAAAUAUGUUAGACUUAAAACAUGUCAUUAUAAUAUUUUUUUAAUAGGAACACUGUUAUCAUUUUCUUACCAACAUUGUAUUUAUUAUUUAAAAAUUACUCGACUCAAGUGGAUGAGAGAUCAUUAACCGAACGUAACCUUUGACAGUGUGUUUAAGCUAAAGUUACAUUUAACGAAGUAUUCCUGUCGUCAAAUCAAAAACUUUUUCUGAAGUUCACAAGAAAAAUCGCAUCAAUGGGAUUUUAUUAUUCAUCAUUGUGAUUGUACAGGUAAGGUUGUGUAAGAACCAACUGUCGCUUUUGUUGUAAAUGUCGCUGUUUUGAUUAAAUUCCAUUGUUCUU